AGGCUUUGCAAGCAGAAAAAGUAGAGAAAUACCCACUUUACAUUGCAGACCGACCACACGGAGCUGAAAUGAAGGCAAUACAUUACUCUCCAGAAAGCCGAGCAUUGUAUUAUGUCAUUGCAGAGAUAUCCUCAUUUAAUUAA